AUCUUUCUUUUGGUAUCGUCUGCGGAAGACGUCAGAUGGGAUUUUGUUAUUUGCUUACAAAUAAAUAAAUUUGAAGUAAAAUUUAAAUUUUAGUGAAAGUGUAUUAGGAACGAGAUUUAAGAAUGAAAAUUUGGACUUCUGAACACACAUUUAAUCAUCCAUGGGAGACUGUUGCUCAGGCGGCAUGGCGCAAGUACCCAAACCCCAUGAACCCAGCUGUCUUGGGGACUGAUGUCGUAGAACGUCAAGUAGUCAAUGGAGUGCUUCAUACCCACAGGCUUGUUAGUUCAAAAUGGGGCAUCCCUGGAUGGGCACAAAGACUUGUUGGACCAUCAAACAUUUGUUAUGCCAGUGAACAAUCCGAAGUAAACCCAACUAAACGACACAUGGAGCUAAAAACUAGAAACCUGACGUUCGGAAGCUUUAUCGCAGUAGACGAGACUCUUAGCUACCAACCACAUCCCGAGGACAAGACUAAAACUCUGCUGAAACAAGAGGCUGUGGUUACAGUGCAGGGGAUCCCCCUCAACAGCUACAUGGAGGACAUCCUUACUAAGACCAUCAUGCUGAAUGCUAACAAGGGCCGGCAAGCUAUUGAGUGGGUGAUCGGCAUCAUUGACAAGGAGGUCACUGACCUGAAGCUGAGCGCAGCUAAGAGCACUGACGAGCUGAAGAAGUCACUGGAGAGUGCACGCAGAUCUAUGGACGAGUUCUCUACCUCCGCCAAGAAAACUCUGGACGACAUCCACAACCUUACCAGCAGCACCAAUAUACCCGAGUUUUAGCAUAAUUUUAUCCCCCGAUUUUUCAAUCUCGACACAUUCAAGAAAUUUUUAAUUGUGAUACAUCUAAGUCAUCUUUCAGUAUUGAUUCUGAUGUUAGUUUUUCGACGUUUCUAAUCCUUAGUAUUCUAUUCGCUGUUGAUUUGUUAGAAUAAAGUUAUUUAUUACCCCCGCUUCUUGAUUCACAGCUCGCGUUACGAACAUUAUCCGUAGAGUAGAUGCAGAUGUGGCGGCGACGCACUGCUUGAAUGUUUCCUUUGUAAGGAGAAUCGAAGGUGUUUUCAGCUUGUCCGUUGGGAUGAGGGAUUGCCUUAGAAUGUGGUGAGGAGUUAUAUUUUUGUGAACCCAAGUUCUAUUGGGAGAAACGCUUUGAAUGGUUGUCUGGGUGAACCAAAGAUUUGAACCUGUUGUUGGUUAUUGUUUUAAGUGCGGAUAACUCCCUCUUGUUCGCUUGGUUGAGUCGUUAGAUGUUUGGUGUGGUUUAUAAAUCAUGCACUUAACACACACCUGUGUCUGUAUCCAUGUGUAAACACAAUUACCAUACAUGUUUUUCGUGCAUCAUGAGUAAAUACAGACUUGCAAUAUUCCAAUGUUUACUAAUUUUGGCCAAUGAUGUGUUGCUAAAAAUAUAGCCAUUCCAAACAGUUUCAAUUAAUUAUUUUAUGGUUUAGAAGGUUUUUAGUUCAGUCAAGAGUCUAGCUUGAGGUUUUUGAACGAGAGGGAGUUGAUUGUAAAUGCAGAUAAUUUAAAAUUGCAUAUAUCAGUGUGAAAGAUAUCUCAGGUUUCCUAUUACAAAUUUAAACUAGUGAUAUCUAAAACCUUUUUGUGAAAAAAAGCUAUACUUAAAAACAAAGAGGAAUGGUAUCAUUGUUAUUGUAUGUUAAAAUUUUUACAUUGUUGUAAAAAAAUAAUUAAGUUUAAAUAAUUUUAGUUUUGCCCUUACAGCAAAUUAAAAAUGUGUUUAUAUAUAUGCAAACAAAAAUCACUGGCUGUUGUACCGAUAAGUGUUUGAUAAUAUUAGUCUGCUUGAAAUAUUUUUGCAAUUCAGGUCAAAUUUAAUGUGACAUCACUGCUCACAUUUUCACUUAUAAAAUUAGUAACUCUAUUUUAACAAUAUAGUUUGUUAUAACCGUAUCUGAUACUAGGCGAUCUGUAGUUUUAAGACCUUUACAUUCCUGUUAUAACUCUUAAGAUGCAAUAAAGAAAUUGAUUUUGUUUGUUUCCACCGACGAGAUGUUACUGUUAUGAUAUUAUGUAUUUAUUUUUUUGUGCUUGUUCUUGUCAUUAUUUUGCUUCUAGUAUUGCUUUUAGUGAAGUAACUAAUUCGUGUCUAAUUAAUCAUUAAAAUUUAAUAUUUAAUACAACAUAAUAUUACACCAGAGACUAUUUUAAUGUUAAUUUUUGAUGAAGAGAUUUAAAAAGUAAUCAAACUUUUAACUAGCUAGGAUAUAAAUAAAUAAUUGUAGAUAUGUGAAAUUCAAAAAGAUUAAGUUAAGUCUUAGAUAUUUUUAGUUUUAAGUUUUGGUUAACUUGGAAGGGGCUUUCUGUAAAUUGAUUCAUCGAAGAUAAGUGAACGUAAUACUUUUAAAAACAACAGUGAUGUUUUUAAAACAGCCAAAACCUACACUUAAAACCAUACCAUAAUAUUUUUAAAUAAUUCUUUCAGUGAAAUAUAAUAACUAGUCAAUCAAAGGGAAGGUCUGGAAAAUUUAAAAAUUCUGAUGACAAUUUAUGGUUAGCCCUUUAUUAAUUACAGAAACUCAGUUUUUAGUGAUGAAUGACAGUAACACUAAAAGAGACUAUAAGCAUACUGAAUUGGUUUUUGUGCCAUUUUUUGUCAAUAAAUUACACUUAUUAGUUUCCUCA